GUCCUUUUCCGAAGGUAGCUGCACUGUAAAGCUUCCGAAUCCAUCCAAUGAUUUGAUAGAUGGAAGGUGGGCGAAAUGAGGUGGUGGUGACAUCGUCUUCAAGCAUCGUCUCCGACUUUGCAGCUUUUCGGAGUGACUGCCCCUUGAAGAAGUUCGCGCAACCCCACUCUCACUUGGAAUGGACGUACUUUCAGGCCGGUCCCGGCGAUGCCACUCCUUUGGUGUUUCUUCAUGGGACUAGCAGCACUGCUGCCGCAUUCUUCUACCAGGUGCAGUCGCUGAGCAGGAAGGGCUACUAUGUCAUCAGUGCGCAGUACCCUGCCUUCUCCAGCCCAGAGGAGUGGUGCAAGGGCUUCGACCGCUUUCUGGACGCGAUGAAGUGCCGGGCUGCUCACAUUGUAGGAGCUGGGCUCGGUGGGUUUCUGGCGCAGCACUAUGCAGCAAGAUACCCAGCGCGCGUAAGGUCCCUGGUGUUGUGCAAUUCCUUCGCAUCUACAUACGCCUUCGCCGCAAGAGCCGGCACGUGGAGCAGCUUGAUCCCAGUGAUGCCGAGUAUGUUUCUGCGGCAGGCAAUGCAAGACACCCUGCCGCAGGGAGGCUUCAUGGAGAUGUCGGCCAAGCAGGCCAUCGACUGGGUGGGCCAGCAGAUGAAUGACCUGAGCGGCGAGGAUUUGGCCAGCAGGUUGAGCCUCAACUGUACUGGCAGCCAAGUUCCAUCGCUGCAGCUUGAGAAUCGCCAGAUCACCAUCUUGGAGUCCAACGGAGAGACCAUGGUGCCGGACGAACUGCGGCGUCAAUUGAGAAUCCAAUACGGUGGCGCCAGCUUUGCAGAGCUGAAAUCCCGUGGGGACUUCCCGUACUUGUCGCGGCCAGAGGAGGUGACGCUCUUCAUCGAGGUGCACAUGCGGCGCUUUGGAGACUUCAUCGGCUAUCCAACAGGUGACACGCCUGCAGCUGGUUACCUGGAAGAGCUGCCGAGCUGGGAAGAUCCCUUGGCACUGCGCGAAGAACCGGAGCGGCGGCAGGUGUGGAAGAAUCCUUUCGAGGACGAUGACUUGCUUUAGCGAGAAGCUCCUAGCAUUGGUUGACAUGAUGUACAUAGGUUUGCCGGCCGUGGACAAGUCUGAUUGUCUCAGCUUUUCGUCGUGGUGGCAGCUGAGCCCGAUUGUGUAUUGUCUUGCGUCUUUCGCAGCAAAGACAUGUUGCAGCUUCAAUACAGGGUUAAACUUUUGAAUAGGUUGCUUUGCGAUCAUUGUAAC